AUGGCUUCCACAUUUAUUACUGCUAAUAACACACCUAGAAAACUUAAUGUGAAUUUACCAAGAUAUCCUUAUAGAUUGCUUGAUGAAGCAACCAGGAGGGAAAAGGAAGCACUUGCACAAAAACAUGAAGAUGAAGAGGCUAGAAAUAAUAAUAAGCCAGAUAUGAUUACAAAAUUAGAUAUAUUUAAAACAGACUCAUUUUUGAAUGAUGAUAAAGCCAUCAUUGGGUACGCAACUAUUCCUCAAGUAGUCAUUGAUUCCCUUGAAAGAAUGCUUGGAGAUAUUUCAGGACUUCCACGCACUAUUGGUAAUGGAAUCCUAGAAAAAAAAGAAAGCGAUAACAAUCAUAAAAAUGAUUCUGAUAUUAUUCCUUAUAGCCUGAAUGGAUUUUCAAAUAGUUCAAAAAAAAUCAUGAAAUCAGAUAUCAAGAAUAUGAGCAAAGAAAAGACAAAUGCUGGCUUUGGACCAAUUCAUGGUGAAGCAAGGCAAAAAAUUAUUGAUAACCCAAACAAUAAUAAAGAAUUUGACAAACUUGAUGAUAUUUUAUCACUACUUCAAGAAUUACGGAAUAAUGACCAUAACAUCCAUGAGAUUAUGACACAAUCACAAACUUUUCAAAGACACAUAGAAAAGUUAGAGUCAGAACUUAAACAAACAAAUGCUCAAUUGAACACUGAAACAAAAAAGCAUUCUGAUGAAACACAUAGCUUUAAAUUAAAAGAAAGUCAACUUCGAUCUGAGAUAACUGCACUAAAAAAUGGUUCAUUACAGCAAGAAAACAAAAUUAAUCUUGCACAUAGUCAAUUGAAAUCGCUUGAAAAACAAAAUCAAUCAUUUAUCCAAGAAAAUGAUAAACUGAAACAAUCAGAAAGAAAUCUGGAAAUUAAAAUUUGUAAGAUUGAUGCUGAUUUGGCAAGCGCAAGAACAAAAAUCUCUGAACUUGAGCAUGAAAAUCAACAUAAGCUUGCUGAAAAUGAUAAUUCAUGGGAGAACAAAGAAAAUUCUUUAAAAUCAGAGCUUUAUGCAACUGAACGAUCAUUGAAAGAGCUCAAAGCAUAUCAAGAACAAUUGAAAGCUGGUGCAUCAAUUGAUCAAAUAAUAAAAGAUCGUCAAGGAGAGCUUGAAAAGCAGUUGAAAGAUCUUACUGCAAAGAGUCGUGAGUCGAAAAAUUCAAAUGAAGGAUUAAAAAUUCAAGAAUCAGCUCAGUCAAAAAGUAAAAAUCAGGAGUUGGACAAUAUUCAAUUACGUAGGAGGAUUCAAGACCUUGAGAAAAGGUUGUCUGAAGCUCAAUCAAGCAGAAAUGCAGAAAAUGAGUUAAUCAAUAAAGAACUCAGUGUUCUUCGAGCAGAAAACAGUCGUCUCAAGACUGAAACAAAAGAAUCUUCAGAAAUCCAUAGAAAGAAUCAAAGCCUCGAAGAACAAACUGCUGAACUUUCAAAGUUAAGACCUCAUAUUAAAAGUUUGGAAAAGCAUGUUGCAGAACUUGAGAGAGUCUGCCAACACAUGAGUGAAUCAGAAUCUCAUGCUGUUGAUUUACUUGAACGAAAUAAAGACUUGGAGAAUCAAGUAGCCGAGCUUAGUGUGCUCCGUAAACGUUUAAGAGAUUCAGAUAAUCAAAUAAAUGAAUUGCGUAGUAUUCAAAAACGGAUCACUGAGCUAGAAACUGUACAAACUGAAUAUGAUAUGCAAAAAGCAUCAAACAUGGAUGAUAACUAUUCUGCUGCCACAAUUACAAAUUAUGAAAUUCUCAUGUACAAUGUUGUGGUUAAAGCUCCUCACAAGCUGGCUCAUGCAGAGCCUUAG